CGUGCGGCAAAACCCAGAAUGCCUGGCCACACACACCUCAACUCAAUACGCAUUGAUGGGGACAUAUCGCUGGGUGGGCUUUUCCCAGUGCACGCAAGAGGAAAUGAUGGGAAAGCCUGCGGCGAGCUAAAAAAGGAGAAGGGGAUCCACAGGUUGGAGGCUAUGUUGUUCGCGCUGGACCGCAUCAAUAAUGACAACGAGCUGCUGCCGAACAUCACUCUGGGGGCUCGCAUCCUGGAUACGUGCUCGCGCGACACUCACGCUCUGGAGCAGUCUCUGACGUUUGUACAGGCGCUGAUUGAAAAGGACUCAACAGACAUCAAGUGUCUGAGCGGAGGGCCACCCAUCAUCACCAAGCCAGAGAGAGUUGUCGGAGUGAUCGGUGCAUCUGCUAGCUCUGUGUCAAUCAUGGUGGCAAACAUACUGCGCCUUUUCAAGAUCCCUCAGGUGAGCUACGCCUCCACAGCUCCAGAGCUGAGUGAUAACACGCGCUACGACUUCUUCUCUCGGGUGGUGCCGCCUGACACCUAUCAGGCUCAGGCUAUGGUUGACAUUGUCAAAGCCAUGAACUGGAACUACGUCUCCACUGUGGCCUCUGAAGGAAACUACGGAGAAAGCGGUGUGGAUGCAUUCAUUCAAAAGUCUCGAGAGGACGGUGGCCUGUGCAUUUCCCAGUCUGUGAAAAUCCCACGUGAACCAAAAGCAGGAGAGUUUGACAAGAUCAUUCGGCGGUUGGGUGAAAACCCAAAUGCCCGGGUGGUCAUUAUAUUUGCCAAUGAGGAUGACAUCAGGCGGCUGCUCCAAGCGGCAAAGAAGGCCAAUCAAACAGGCCAUUUUAUCUGGGUGGGUUCAGACAGCUGGGGCUCCAAAAUCUCCCCGAUACUGAACCAAGAAGAGAUGGCUGAAGGUGCUGUAACCAUCCUGCCAAAACGACAAUCCAUCAAAGGGUUUGACCGCUACUUCAUCAGUCGAACACUGGAGAACAACAGGAGAAACAUCUGGUUUGCAGAGUUCUGGGAGAACAACUUUCAGUGCAAACUUAGUCGACAUGCUGUGAAAAAAGGCUCUGGCAUCAAAAAGUGCACAAAUCACGAAAGAAUUGGUAAAGAUUCAUCCUAUGAACAAGAGGGAAAGGUCCAGUUUGUGAUUGAUGCCGUUUACGCCAUGGCACACGCUCUGCACAACAUGCACAAAGAUCUAUGCCCGGGGAAAGUUGGCCUCUGUUCGAAGAUGGAAACCAUCAAUGGCACCGUACUGCUUAAAUACAUUCGAAAUGUCAACUUCUCAGGAAUCGCUGGCACGCCUGUGGUCUUCAACGUGAAUGGAGAUGCACCUGGCCGAUAUGAAAUCUACCAAUACCAGAUCAAUAAUAACACCACAGAAUACAAAAUUAUUGGACACUGGACCGACCAGCUGCACUUAGAUGCAGAUGAGAUGCAGUGGCCAGGUGAAACACAAGAAGUUCCCGCCUCCAUUUGCAGCCAACCCUGCCGAGCUGGCCAGCGUAAGAAGACUGUGAAAGGAAUUCCGUGUUGUUGGCACUGCGAGAACUGUGAUGGCUACCAAUAUCAGGCAGACACUUACACGUGCAAGAUGUGUCCUUUUGACCAGCGGCCCAACGACAACCACACCGACUGCAUUUCCAUUCCUAUUGUCAAGCUUGAAUGGAGUUCCCCAUGGGCUGUCAUUCCCGUCCUCAUCGCAGUCUUGGGCAUCAUGGCGACCAUGUUUGUGGUCGUCACGUUUAUGCGCUACAACGACACACCCAUUGUUAAGGCCUUAGGUCGAGAACUAAGCUAUGUGCUUCUGACUGGUAUCUUCUUAUGCUACGCCACAACAUUCCUCAUGAUCUCUGCUCCUGAUGUGUUUGUAUGUUCACUGCGCAGGAUUUUCCUUGGCUUGGGCAUGAGUAUCAGCUAUGCAGCCCUGCUCACUAAGACAAAUCGCAUCUACAGGAUUUUCGAGCAAGGCAAGAUGUCAGUCAGUGCCCCUCGUUUCAUCUCUCCAGCCUCACAGUUAGUCAUCACAUUCAGCCUGAUUUCAGUGCAACUCCUCGGGGUGUGCAUCUGGUUUGGUGUCGACCCGUCACAAGCCAUCAUCGACUACGAAGACCAACGUACAGCUAAUCCCGAUAUGGCUCGAGGAGUCUUAAAGUGCGACAUUUCGGAUCUUUCUCUCAUCUGUCUGUUGGGAUACAGCAUGUUGCUGAUGGUCACCUGCACAGUUUACGCCAUCAAGACCAGAGGGGUUCCGGAGACGUUUAAUGAGGCCAAACCCAUUGGCUUCACCAUGUACACCACUUGCAUCGUCUGGCUUGCCUUCAUCCCCAUCUUCUUUGGGACUUCACAAUCGGCAGACAAGAUGUACAUCCAGACCACAACCUUGACCAUCUCUGUCAGCCUCAGUGCAUCCGUCUCUCUAGGAAUGCUAUACAUGCCCAAAGUCUACGUGGUUCUCUUUCAUCCGGAGCAGAACGUACCAAAGCGCAAGCGCAGCCUGAAGGCUGUGGUCACUGCAGCCACCAUGUCUAACAAGUUCAACCCAAAAGGUGCGCUCAGGCCCAACGGGGAAGCAAAGUCAGAACUCUGUGAAAGCCUGGAAACACAAGGUGCGGGCUCUGAGCGCUUCGUUGCGAAUCCGCUGGGGCCACCUGAUGUUUUUGAUUGUCCUGAGGGCCCUGCCAUCAAAGCCAUCUAG